AUGUGUGGACCAGUCAUGGAGAAGCGAGUGGCAACCAUCAUGGUCGACCAAACUGCAGCAAGUCAGAGCUUACAACGGAUCGAGGAGCAGCUCAUUGAGAUCAGGGAGGCCGGACUUCGGCAGGUGCCUCUGAUCUUUCUAUGCAUCAACGGCAACGGCGAGAAGGUCAAGCGUGGCGAUGAGACCGUUGAGGUUGGUUCGUCCAGUGGAUGGAUCCGGGUGGUCCGACGCAUGCUAGAGGUUCCACAGCCCGUGUACGGCAUCGCUACCGGCAGCAUGGGCCGCUUUGGUAUCAUGCUUCUGGAGGCUUGUGACUACGUCUACUCAGACAGCCUCCAGCAGGGGGUUCCGACGAAUCGGAUCUUGAGCCCCUUUGAGACAGCCAUUGUGUGCAAGAUCGCUGCGGAUGAGGCAGAGCUCAUGGAUGAGAUCUCCUUGGGGGAGCUGAAAGCAGAGCUGAUCCGCAACAAGCUUUUCGCUCGCUUCCCGAAGUUAUCGUCCGCAGAGAGCUCCAAGUUGUCGGUGCAAUUCGGGCAAGACAAGCGCGAGGGAGCCGGGCGGCCUGCGUUUUCGGCGUCUUCAAGUCAGCAAGGGAGUGUGGAGCAGGGAUGA